AUGGCGCUCGCAGCAGCAACCACCCCGCACACACUCGCCUCUCCGCGCUUAUUUUUCUCCGUUUCCGCCGCUGGGAGGAACAGCAGCGGCCUGUCCAUGUCAGUCGGCGCUCGCCGUGUGCCGGCGAUUUCUGUGCUUCAUUCGCAGCGGGGGAGGAUAGUUGCGGCGGCAGCGGCGGCGAGCGACAUUCACCACGCGGCGAGAGGGGAGGAAGCGAAGAAGACCUUCGUGGAGGAGAUGAGGGCUGUCGCGAUGCGGAUGCACACCAAGGAUCAGGCCAGGGAAGGGGAGAAGGAGGCCCACAAAUAUUCAGUCAAUCUCGAGCGGGAGCCUACCGUUGAGGGCUACGUGCAGUUCCUCGUUGACAGCAAGCUCGUCUUCCAGACGCUCGAGGCCAUCGUCGAUCGCGCCGUCGUCCCCUGGUAUGCGGACUUUCGGAAUACUGGGUUAGAGAGAUCACGAGCACUCAAGAAAGAUCCGAAAUGGUUCAGCUGAACAGGUCACACAAUUCCAGAACCAUCUGCCCCUAGCAUUACAUAUGCUUCCUAUCUGGAAGAGUUGUCUGAAAAGGACACGCAAUCAUUUAUCUGUCACUUCUAUAAUGUGUACUUUGCUCAGUCUGCCGGAGGUCGAGUGAUCGGCACAAAGAUUGCUGAGAAGAUUCUGAGCAAGAAAGAGCUGGAAUUCUACAAGUGGGAAGGUACCCUGUCCCAGCUGCUGCAGGAUGUCCGCACCAAACUUAACCAAGUUGCUUCUAGCUGGUCCCGGGAAGAGAAGAACCACUGCCUGGCUGAGACCGAGAAGUCGUUUACCUAUUCAAUGGAUCGCCUGCGCCAAGUAUUCACCUGA